AUGUUCAACGGAAGCCGGAAAUACAGCCCCUUGCCUUCCUCGCCGUCUUCCUCACGGGCAUCCUCCUCCUCCUCCUCCUCCUCCUCCUCCUCCUCUUCCUCGCUGCCGGCGGCUCUGCGGAGAUCCCCACGGGCCCUGCAACGCCACAGCUCACUGCUCACCCAGUACAGCAGCUUGCUGGAGAGCUACACGGAGGGGGAGAUCCGGCAGCUGCUGGGCCUGGGCUACGAGUCGGAUGAGACGGUUCUUUUCCGCUACUGCAGCGGCACCUGCGAGGCGGCCGUCCGGAGCUACGACCUCUCGCUGAAGAGCAUGAGGAGCAGGAGGAAGAUCAAGAAGGAGAAGGUCCGGGCUCGACCCUGCUGCCGGCCGCUGGCCUACGACGACGACGUCUCCUUCCUGGACGCCUACAACCGCUACUACACCGUCAACGAGCUCUCGGCCAAGGAGUGCGGCUGCGUGUGA